UUAGGGAAAUUUCUGAUUUCCCCGCCGCCGCCUUACUCUGCAAGAAAAAGCCCUUUCUGAUAUAUAAUUCUCCUUCAUUCAAACAUCACUCACUUCCAACACAACUCAUUACAAACGGAGUUAGUUAGUUAUAGUUUAGUUCGUUACUUUGAAGAAUCUCAAACUUUCCUUUCGAAUCUCAGAAGAAACCCUAGCUAGCUCUAGCUCCGAUGGCGGUGGCGGGAGGCGCCGCUCCUCUCGGCUCGUCGGUGAUCUCGCUGGUGAACCGGCUCCAGGACAUCUUCAGUCGCGUGGGGAGCCACUCCGCCAUCGACCUCCCUCAGGUUGCGGUGGUCGGCAGCCAGAGCAGCGGCAAGUCCAGCGUCCUCGAAGCCCUCGUCGGCCGUGACUUCCUCCCUCGCGGCAACGACAUCUGCACGCGCCGCCCCCUCGUCCUCCAGCUCGUCCAAACCAAACCCCCUUCUCAGGAUGAGUUCGGCGAGUUCCUCCACUUGCCUGGCCGCAAGUUCCACGACUUCUCCCAAAUUCGCGCCGAAAUUCAGGUUGAGACUGAUAGGGAAGCUGGAGGGAACAAAGGUGUGUCUGAUAAACAGAUUCGUUUGAAGAUUUUUUCGCCGAAUGUUCUCGACAUUACGCUCGUGGAUCUCCCUGGCAUCACCAAGGUUCCCGUUGGCGACCAGCCUUCGGAUAUCGAGGCUCGAAUCAGAACCAUGAUCAUGUCUUACAUCAAAACUCCAACCUGUGUCAUUCUCGCUGUGACGCCGGCGAAUUCGGAUUUGGCGAACUCGGAUGCUCUUCAGAUGGCUGGAAUUGCCGAUCCUGAUGGGAACAGAACGAUUGGUGUCAUCACGAAGUUGGAUAUCAUGGAUAGAGGCACUGAUGCGCGGAAUCUGUUGCUAGGAAAAGUUAUUCCCCUCCGACUUGGUUAUGUCGGUGUUGUGAAUCGUAGUCAAGAGGAUAUUCUAAUGAACCGAAGUAUAAAGGAUGCUCUUGUUGCUGAAGAGAAGUUUUUCCGCACUCAUCCUAUAUACAGUGGCCUAGCAGAUAGUUGCGGUGUUCCUCAAUUGGCAAAGAAGUUGAACAAGAUUCUUGCACAACACAUCAAGUCUGUGUUACCAGGGCUGAGAGCACGUAUAAGCGCUUCACUAGUCACUAUUGCAAAGGAACAUGCAAGCUAUGGAGAAAUCACAGAGUCCAAGGCUGGACAGGGUGCUGUUCUCCUUAAUAUUCUUUCAAAAUACUGUGAUGCAUUCUCCUCCAUGGUAGAGGGAAAGAAUGAGGAGAUGUCUACAUCUGAGCUGUCUGGGGGUGCAAGAAUUCAUUACAUUUUUCAAUCCAUCUUUGUGAAGAGCUUAGAGGAGGUGGAUCCAUGCGAAGAUUUGACUGAUGAUGAUAUUCGCACAGCCAUACAGAAUGCAACUGGACCUAAAUCAGCACUGUUUGUUCCUGAAGUCCCGUUUGAAGUGCUUGUACGCAGGCAGAUAUCUCGACUAUUGGAUCCAAGUCUUCAGUGCGCUAGGUUUAUAUAUGACGAGUUAAUGAAAAUCAGCCAUCACUGUAUGGUCACUGAAUUGCAGCGGUUCCCUUUCUUGAGAAAGCGCAUGGAUGAAGUUAUUGGGAACUUUUUACGAGAAGGCCUAGAACCCUCGGAGACUAUGAUAACACACGUCAUAGAAAUGGAGAUGGACUACAUCAACACUUCCCACCCAAAUUUUAUUGGUGGAAGUAAGGCAAUAGAAGCUGCAGUGCAACAAACCAGGUCUUCUAGAGUUGGUUUACCAGUUUCUAGGGUGAAGGAUGCACUGGAAUCCGAUAAGGGACCAGCUACUGAGAGAAGUGGGAAGUCUCGAUCUAUUCUUGCAAGACAUGCAAAUGGAGUAGUGGCUGAUCAGGGUGUUCGUGCUACAUCAGAUGUUGAAAAAGUAGUGACCUCUGGAAACACAGGUGGAUCAAGUUGGGGGAUCUCAUCCAUUUUCGGUGGAGGUGAUAACCGUGUGUCUGUGAAGGAAAUGACAGCUAGUAAACCACAUACUACUGAACCAAUGCAUAAUGUGCAGUCAUUCUCUACAAUUCAUUUGAGAGAGCCCCCUUCUGUCUUGAGACCAUUGGAGAGCAAUUCAGAGACCGAAGCUGUUGAAAUCACAGUAACAAAGUUGCUUUUGAAAUCAUACUAUGACAUUGUCAGGAAAAAUGUUGAGGAUCUUGUCCCCAAAGCAAUUAUGCACUUCUUGGUAAAUAACACAAAGAGAGAGCUUCACAAUGUCUUCAUUGAAAAACUAUACAGAGAGGAUCUGUUUGAAGAGAUGUUGCAAGAACCUGAAGAGGUAGCCAAGAAAAGAAAAAACUGUCGAGAACUGCUCCGAGCUUAUCAACAGGCUUUUAAAGACUUGAACGAACUGCCUCUUGAAGCUGAAACAGUUGAAAGGGGAUACAGUUUGCCUGAAAUUACUACCGGCUUACCUAAAAUUCGUGGAUUGCCAACUUCAUCUAUGUAUUCUACUAGCAGUUCGGGAGACUAUUAUGAAGCUUCUCCCAAGAACACAAAGUCUAAAAAUAAAAAGUCUUCACAUUCUGGGGAACUCCAAUCUCCAUUUCAGGAUUCAAACGGAAAUGGAGGGCCAUACACGUCAGGUUAUCCAAUGGCUGGUGAAUGAACUCGCUGAUUGUGCUUGUUAGUCCAAGAAAUUUGACUCAGCGUUUAAUUAUUUGUUUAUGCUUAUGCAAUUUUUGAGGUUUGCAACUCCUCCUGGAGCUGGACUGCAUUCAGUUACUAUUUUUCCCAUUAAAAUGGUCCUGAGUGUUGGUGGGUGCUUUCUUUAUCUAAGUUCCCUUUUGUUCGCAUAUAGCGUUAUUUACCAAGGCUCCGGAAAGAAUAAUAGGAGCAGAUGAUUUUUCAGUUGAGAGAAUUUUUUCACUGUAUUCAUGUAUAUUACUAUUACCAUUUUUGUUGGUGGCUAGUCAGCUAUUGUUCAUAGCAAUUUUCUAGAUUGAUGCAUUUUUUCAUUUUUGUUCACCACAAUGACUAGCAGGUUGACUGUAUGAAACAGCUAGUAAUGGCUGGCAGUAUUGAUUUUUUUUAGUCAUGUUUCUUUA